UCGCCGCAAGCAUGUGUUCCAAUUGUCAACUCCACCAUCCAAAUUCUCUGUCCCACUCCUAUCAUUUCCACAAACAAAAAGGAAAAAUAAUUUGUCUCGACAAAAAUGAAUUUAAUUGGUCCGUAUAGAUUUUAUCCUCCGUUACCAUGAAAAUUUGAUCACCCACUCGCAGCAAACUCAUUUCCAAGAACUUUCCGAUCAGCCUCUGCAAAUAAAGUCUACCCUUUUAAACGUCUUUUAAGUUUUCUUUUUUCACCAAACCAAUAGAAAGCCGACCCUAUUUCACAUUUCUAUAGUGUUUCCAAUUCAUUACUUACAGCAAAAGGAGGAAACUGUCUUUUUUUUCUUUAUUUCUACUGAUAUGCAGCUAUUGGUUACCCCUGAUUCUACAACCUUGAAUUACUGGUUAAACUGGAGAGUCUUGCUAUGUGCAAUCUGGGUGUUCACUCCUGUACUUGUAUCUUUAUUCGUUAUCUGGAAAUAUGAAGAUUUGGAUAAUUUGAGAUCUUGCAGAAGAAAAACGCAGCAAGAGGUGGAUCAUUCAUUGUAUGAAGAUAGAGCAUGGAGGCCUUGUCUUGUGCAAAUUCACCCCAUUUGGUUAUUGACUUAUCGAGCUAUUGCUUUCUCUGUGCUUUUGGCUUCACUUAUUUCCAAAGUUUCUACCAAUGGAUUUGGCAUGUUUUACUACUAUACCCAGUGGACUUUUACUUCUGUUACCAUUUAUUUUGGGUUUGGGUUACUGCUAUCCAUCUGUGGGUGUUACCGGUAUCACAAUAUGGACAAGGCCGUAUCUCAUAUCCAUGAUGUUGUUGGAGACCAUGCUGAGCAGGGGUACUUCGUUCCUCUGACAUACGACGAAAGGACAAAUAUACCAAGUGUGCGAAAAUCCUCAAAUACUGAAGAGGGAUUUUAUGAUUUUCAAGCAGCAAGCAUUUCCAGUUAUCUCUUUCAAGUUCUAUUCCAGAUGAAUGCUGGGGCGGUCAUGCUUACUGAUUGUGUUUAUUGGGCCAUUAUUUUUCCAUUUCUUACCAUCAGAGAUUACAAUCUGAAUUUUAUGACAGUAAAUAUGCACUCGCUCAAUGUUAUUGUACUCCUUGGUGAUGCAGCUUUGAAUUGCCUGCCAUUUCCUUGGUUUCGGAUGUCUUACUUCAUUCUAUGGACGGGUAGUUUUGUCAUUCUCCAGUGGAUUUUUCAUGCUUGUGUAUCAAUUUGGUGGCCAUAUCCAUUCCUUGACUUGUCAUCACCAUUUGCUCCAUUGUGGUACUUGAUGAUAGGCUUGAUGCAUUUGCCAUGCUAUGGCUUCUUUGCACUGAUCAUCAAAAUGAAACACAGCAUUUUGUCGAAAUGGUUUCCCGAGUCUUAUCGAUGUCUAAGAUGAAAAAUGUACCAAUACUGUUAAGACACAGAAUUUAACGCAAAAGGGUAGAGUUCCUGCAAUGCUUAAUUACUUCGUUCAAAGUCUAAAGGUAAUUGACACACCAAGAGCACAGCAAGGUGUUUCCAGACGGGAUUGCAUGAAGAAACACCAUACACGAUACUGACAAGAAAGUGAAGAAGCAAUCGGGGGCGCAAGGGAGAGGAUUAGUCUAGGGAAAUUAGACACUAGAGGUAAAAAUGUAUGUACAAAACAAGGUGAGUCUCUUACUAAAAUUAGAUAAUUCAAGAUCCCAGGAAUACAUGAAUUUGCCCACAAAUAUUGCACAUUAUUAUUAUUAUUAUUAUUAUUGUUUUUUAGGUUGACCA